GAAUGAUCGAGAGGAGCAGAACGCCCUCGCGACGCCCUCGUUCGCGACAAUUCCCUUUUUCCUUUUAACAUAAAGAAAAAAAUCGUUAUUCACACUUCGGAUAUAUUCUAUAUGUACUAUGAGUACUAUUUACGUGUUUUCUCUGUAGAAAAACAUUUGUGUGACUUUCCCUCCGUGAAACUCGCGUGAAGUUAGAAGGACGACGAUGCGCUUUCGAGCGCAUUCGAAAAUUUAAAAAUUCGAAAUUUUCAAACCCCCGAAGGUUCGAAAUACUUUGAGACCGCGCGUGGAUGAAUCAUCAGCACGUCAAUGAGCAUUAUGAUUAUAACCGACGGUCGCACGUCAGAAUUAAAUCCACUCCGUUACGUUGAUUCCCCCCCCCUGUCGCGCCGACUCGCGGCGACGAUGCGCGCAUGCGCGGCUUGGCGCGGUUCGCGCAUAUACCGCACCGCGUUCCCCUGCGUUCCCAGUACUCGUCGACGUGAGUUUCUCGCGGCUGUGUACGCUGAUCGCGGGGACCGUCUGUCUCUCACAUAUCUCUGUUGCGUCGUGUCGACCGCCGCCACUCGUCGAUUGCCGUCGGAGGAAAAAAAAAACACACACGAGCGGUGUUCCUCCCGCCAGCCUUGAAGAUCCCUCACGGCCACGGCGACGUGAGAGCGUCCAGUUUCGGAGUCUCCUCCCCCACCGCGUCUCUUCCCGCAGCACGCGGACCAGACGAACAAUCGCGCCGGGUGUUGUUUUAAUGUGUAACGCUGACGAAACGGCAUCGCGGGAUGAGGCUCACACGGAACUGCUUGAGCAACAUCAGCAAGAUGUUGGACUUUUACUCGCAAUUCAACCCCUCGCCACUCUCAAUAAAACAGUUCAUCGAUUUCGGUUUAAGUGCCUGUGAGAGAAAAUCCUUCAUAUUCCUGAGGAAAGAACUGCCAGUACGGCUCGCCAAUAUAAUGAAAGAAAUCCAUUUACUGCCGGAAAACUUGCUAAAAAUGCCUAGUGUGGGUAUUGUGAAUAAUUUAUACAUCACAUCCUUUGAAGAAAUAUUACACUUUGAAAAAGUUGAAGUCAACGAGGCCACUUUAGACAACUUCUGCCAAGCUCUAAUAAAGAUACGAAAUAGACAUACCGAUGUUGUUCAGACAAUGGCGCAGGGAGUUUUGGAACUGAAGGAGUCUCAUGAUGUGGACAUUCAGACUGAGAAUAGCAUUCAGUAUUUCCUGGACAGAUUUUUCAUGUCCCGCAUUUCUAUUCGUAUGCUGAUCAAUCAACAUACGCUCCUUUUUGGUGGGCAAUUGAAUGGGCAUAGUAGACACGUAGGAUGUAUAGAUCCGUCUUGUGACGUAAUCGGCGUCAUUAAGGACGCUUAUGAGAAUGCACGGUUUUUAUGCGAUCAAUAUUAUCUGGCUAGUCCGGAAUUAAAAAUCAAACAGCAUAAUGAAUUUGAACGUAGUAGUGAGAUUAGGAUUAUUUAUGUGCCGAGCCAUUUGUAUCAUAUGCUAUUCGAGCUUUUUAAAAACAGCAUGAGAGCCGUAAUGGAACACCAUGGAACUGAUGCGGACAAUUAUCCGCCGCUCGAAAUUUUACUAGUGUGCGGUAAAGAAGACAUUUGCGUGAAGAUAUCCGAUAGAGGUGGCGGCAUUCCUCGUUCACAAACGGACCAUUUAUUUAAAUAUAUGUACAGUACCGCUCCACAGCCGAGUAAAUCAGAUGCUCAUACAGUACCGCUUGCAGGAUACGGCUACGGUCUGCCAUUAUCUCGAUUGUACGCCAGGUAUCUGCAUGGUGACAUUGUACUUCUCAGCUGUGAAGGUUACGGAACAGACGCUAUUAUUUAUUUGAAGGCAUUAUCCACUGAAGCAAACGAACUAUUGCCAAUAUUUAAUAAAACCUCGUCGAAGUUUUACCGUACGCCAGUACCAAUUGCGGAUUGGAGCAGCCAAUGUGGUGGCGGAAUGGCGACGAGGCAACUGAGUAUGAGUCAUGCUCAAGGUCACAGACUGCCUCAUGGAAUGGAAAUCACUCAUUUAUAGCAGAACGCAAUUAACGCGGAUCAGAAAAUAAUUGGAAACUAUCAACAAAUUUUCUGUCUGCGUAUAACACAGAAUACUUUAAUAGGAAAGCUAGAUCUGUAUUCGAAAUCAAGGCAGAUAUCGAAGAAACAUCCUCUACAUUACCUAUAAGAAACUAGUUAUUAAACGGAUAAAAUACUACGAAUAUUGGCCAAAACAAUAUUGAUAAUUUCUUCUUUGUGCUCUAAUUGCGUUACAUAUCAAAUCAAUUAUACAGAUUUGAUAAUUGAGGCUUUUGUUUUCUAUCACGUUCCAACACGGUUUUUUGUGACACAAAACGUAGAAUAUCAGAUUAUCUAUUAGAUGUUUUUAAUUUAAAAAAGUAACAGAUGAAAAAAAAA